UGGGACGACCCGGAGCUGUCACCGAAAAUCAAGUUGGCGUGUGCGGUCGCACGCCAGGCGGAACACCGAUACAUCUGGAUCGACUCGUGUUGCAUCGACAAGGCGAGCAGCUCCGAGCUCUCCGAGGCCAUCAAUUCGAUGUAUAUGUGGUAUGGGGACUCGGCCAUAUGCUACGCAUACCUGGCAGAUGUUCCCCCUGGCGAGUCGUCUCAAUCUGAGGGAUCAUUCUUCCGUAAGAGCCGAUGGUUCACACGCGGAUGGACACUCCAGGAGCUCAUCGCGCCCGGUCGAUUGGUUUUCCUCUCCGCCGACUGGGAAAUCAUUGGGUCCAAGGGAGAUUUCAUCGAUGUUCUCGAGCAGAUGACUGGCAUUGAUAGGGAAGCCCUGCUGCUUGACACAGGGUUGGACGAAUUCUCUGUUGCUCAACGCUUCUCAUGGGCCUCGAAGCGAGAGACGGAGAGAGUGGAAGACCAAGCGUACUCGUUGAUGGGAAUCUUCGACAUCAAUAUGCCCACCCUCUACGGCGAGGGUGAUCGUGCACUCCGGCGGCUGCAGGAGGAGAUCCUGCGGCGAACGCCAGACCAGAGCCUCUUCGCU